AAAUAAAAUGUUUUCUGCCAAGACAUUAUUGAGAAUAACUUGUUCUUUUAGAUUUCACAGUUCUUUUUGGUUUAGAAGUUCUUCUUUUUGUAACCAAGUCAAAGACCAGAACAGUGGAAAAGAAGACAAAGAACAAGUUAUAUUUGAUAGUGUGGUGAACAGAGCUUUUCGUCACGUGUAUUUCCGAACACUGCCUUUGAGGAGACAACCAGAAUUGAAAGGAAAAGAAAAAGAAAUUUGUGAAAGUAUUGAGACAGAAGCAAGACAACUGUGUUGGAAGCAUAGAGAACGAGUUGUCGAUGACCGAAGUGCCGCUCAUAUACAUUUAAGUUCCAUGGCGCUAUCUUCUUACAAAACCUUACUUCCUUUGUUGGAUUCUGAUGAAGAAAGAGUACUCAACAUAGUAGGAAGAGGAUUCGGUUUGGCAGACGUGAGUUCCUCUUCCAAAUCUGGUUUACAAUGGAUCCUCCAGUUUAUGUUACUGGUUUCUUUGAAUAAGUUGCGAACCUUGAAGCGUAUGGCUGAGAAUAUUGAACGGGAUUUUGGAAAAGGUUUCGAUAUUGUUCAAGAAAGUGAAGUGGAUUCCAACAACAAGUUGGUUGCUCACCAAAUGGUUGUUCGUCGUUGUUUGUAUCACGACUUUUUUGUUGCAGAAGGAUAUCCUCAAGUGACUCGUCUUUUUUGUGCGUUGGAUCGUUCCUACUUUGGAGAGGUGAAGGAAAAACGCCACGGUGUUCGAUUUACUUUGAGUCAAACACUUGUAGACUCUGAUUCCUGUAUUUUUCGACUAGAAAAAACUCGUAGAUGAAUAACUUCUUUAGGACAAACCAAAAAAAUUUCACAUCAAUAAGAGAUACGACAUUGAGAGAAGAUUGUUUCUUGAUUAUUCACUCAGAUGAGAAUAUUUUGUCUUAGUUUUGUUUCUUCUGUAGGAACCUUGAAAGAGCAAGUUUUUGAUAAAAGAUUUAGGCUUUCAGUAUGUAAGCAU